AAACACUUUGAUCAUUCUAGUGACUCCGUCCCUCUGCUUUCCACUUUCACCUCCGCACAAUAGCCAGUUGGUGCAGGGAGGGGUAAAACGCACGUUCAGGAUUAGACCGUGUUCAGACAGAGCGUUUGUGCGCGCUGAGUGGCUGCAGCAACAGUUUCCCCUUCAACACAAAGUUUCUUCAAUGACUAAGUACAAGCCCUGGCUGGUGUGCUGCUUCAUCUUUGCUGGUUUAAUCAGUGCGGUUGCUCUGGUCUUACUAUGCAUCGUCUCAAUAGUGGACAGAGAGUGUCCCAGCGGCAGCUUUACGCACGCGGCUGUGUCUGCAGACUCGCUCCGUUGCUCCGAGAUUGGCAGGAGCAUGCUCAAGCAAGGGGGGUCGGCAGUAGAUGGCGCCAUUGCAGCUCUUCUGUGCACAUCGGUGGUCAAUCCUCAGAGCAUGGGGAUUGGAGGAGGAUCUAUAAUGACCAUAAGAAAUAAAAAAGGCAAUGUUAAAGUCUACAACUUCAGAGAGACUGUCCCAAAGUCUUUUAAAAGUAACCUGUUAGAUGACUGUCAGACCACAUCCAUACUGAUCACAGGCAGCCAAUGGAUCGGCGUUCCCGGAGAGCUGCGUGGCUACGAGGCAGUUCACAAAGAGUAUGGGAAGCUGCCUUGGGCCAAGCUGUUUGAGCCGACAAUUAAACUGGCCAGAGAGGGCAUCAAUCUGCCGCCGAUUCUGGGAAAGCUUCUGGAGUACCAUAUUGUGAAAAAUUACGUGGAGAAUUCAUCUCUCUGUGAAGUUUUGUGCAACAAAAACAAAACAGUUCUGAGCACAGGAGACAUUCUGAAGUUUCCUAAACUUGCAGAAACAAUGGAAACAAUUGCAGAGCAAGGGGCAGAUGCCUUCUACACGGGCAAGAUAGGACAGGACUUAAUCCGAGACAUAAAAGAUGCAGGUGGGACUUUGGAAAUGGAGGAUCUGAAGUCCUUCCAAGUGCGUGUGCAGGAUGCAUGGAAAGUUGCUGUGGGAGACACAACGUUGCACGUCCCUCCACCACCUGCCGGGGGCCCCCUGCUUGCCUUCAUUCUCAGGCUGAUGAAAGGCUUCCCCUUGUCUCCAAACUCGCUGGUUGGUGACCAGAAGAUCCAGACAUACCAUCGAUAUAUCGAGGCAGCUAAAUUUACUAAUGGACAAAAGAGGAGCAUUAGUGAUCCUGUCUUUAAUGACAAAAAGAGUGCAGAUCAUUUGAUUGAUCCCGCCUUCAUUAAUCGCAUCAGGGACAUGAUCUUUUCCAACCGCACCCAUGACAACGCUUCCUACUACAAUGUCAAGCCCUCCCGUGACCACGUGGGGACGACACACGUGUCCAUCCUGGAUGAAGAUGGACUGGCCGUCUCUGCAACCAGCACCAUAAACCAGUUAUUCGGAGGAGGCAUUUACUCUCCACGAACAGGCAUCAUCCUCAACAAUGAGCUGAGUGACUUCUGUGGGAGAGCCGACACCGUGAGGGCAGGUGAGCAGCCUCCUUCCUCAAUGAUUCCAGUAAUACUGGAGACAAAGUCUGGAGGACUCCUUGUGAUUGGUGGAUCAGGAGGAAGCAUGAUUACCUCAGCAGUGGCCUUGUCUAUAAUAAAUCGCCUGUGGCUCGGGAUGUGUCUGAAAGACGCCAUUGCUGCACCUAUAAUGUUUGUGGAUUCUAGCAACAAUGUGAAUUUUGAGCCUGGUUUUAACAAGUCUGUGAUAGACGGCCUCGGGGAGCUUGGACACAAGUCAGGGGCCUGGCCAUACUUCUUCAAUGUAGUCAAUGCUGUGGAAAAGGAGAAUGGAUGCAUCGUGGCCGUGUCGGACAGCAGGAAGGACGGGAUGUCAGCUGGAUACUGACCACACAGACCAUGAGGAAGAAAUCUGCCCUUAAAGACUGACUGAACCUUUAGCCUUAAGAACAUUGAAUGUGCCAACAACAAAAUGUGAGAAAUGCAGUGCUCAGGCUUUUUUUCUGGUGAGCCACACAAUCAGUCAAGAAACUAACAACCUUAGAAGAUGAUACCGGUUUAUAAUAACUUGGUUUUAUUUUUAUAUGAGCGUGUUGUUUAAACAACAUUGUAUUCACUGUAGUAAAUGCAGAGAUUUUGUAAGUUUUUGGAAGUUAUCUAAACCACUUUGUUUGGAGGUAAACUCAAAGUUUCCAUCCAAAUGUUGCUAAUUAAUGCAAUGUCUUUGCGAUAUCUUGAUUGUUUUUUAAUGUCCAGGGUUUCCACUGCUGAGUGCAUCAGAGAUAUCAGUAAUAAUCCCUUUUUGGACAAGUCAACUGUGUGCAUGCACAACUACGACAAGUACAUUAAGUCAUAGAUGAACCAUAAAGUCGGUCUGUUAGAAACAGGCAUUUUCAAUCCAGCCAGACAUCACACACAUUCACACACACACACACACACACACACACACACACACACACACACACACAUCCUCAUGACAUUCCACCUGAAUGCUGUAGUCUAACUCACAGUAAGCACACCAUGAGGCUGCUAAUCUUACUGAUGAGAUCUGCUUUUAUUUGCUGCAGGAUUGCACACUCGUGUACAUUUGCAGCAGCGAGCCAUAAAGGCAAUUCUACAGUGGUCCAACAAAACAAAACCAACGGCUGUAUCACACCACGUCUAAUGUCAAUGCCUGUUUAAUUUCCUGACUGAACUUUGUAAUUCUGAGAAAGAACUGUUUAUUGUAAAUGAGCCAUGAAACCCAUUUUAAAGUGACGUCCUCACUUUACUGUGACCUUACAUAUUUUACUGUAUGUGAAACGACUCUAUUCAUGUCCCUGAGCAUGUUGUGAUGUUUGUUUGAACUAAAUUAUCUAAAAAAACAUACGCGUAUUUUAACACCACCAACAUGUUAUUUUGUAUUUUCUCCUGAUUUUGUUACGUCAAAAUGCUUUGUAAAAUAAUUACACAUUUUUUACAACUAUUAACAGUGAAUAUCCGUGUUGUCACAAUAAAAGAUAAAAUCCAAACAAAGACGAGUUACCGCAUGUCUGACGUACUUUUCAACCACAAACCCGAAACCGUGUUUGAGCUCGUACUUCGUUCAACCCAAAAACUUUCAAUAUGCUUUUCACUGCAAACUACAGCUAUUUAAACAUUGAUCUGUUGUUGUCAUUGCAGUAUGAUCAGCAAUAA